AUGUCUGAACCAAUAUCCGGGUCGUCCGAUGGCGACAGUGCGAUGCUGGCCCUUCUUGGCAAGAAACAGGUCCUCCAACGCCGUUUCUCAUUCUUCUCCAUGUUUGGAUUCGCAGUCUGUGAGCUCAUCACCUGGGAGACUGUCCUUGCACUCUUCAGUCAAGCAUUCGAAAACGGAGGACCGGCUGGCGCUGUGUAUGGCUUCAUCAUUGCCUGGUUCUCGACCAUGUCAGUCUACACUGUCAUCUCUGAAUUGGCGUCCAUGGCACCCAUUGCUGGAGGACAGUACUACUGGGUGUUCAUGAUGGCUCCGCCAAAGUGGAAGCGAGUCUGUAGCUACAUCGUGGGCUGGCUUACGACGCUGGCGUGGAUUGCGACUGUGGCUACAGAGACACUAUUCGCUGGGCUUAUUAUCCAGGGUAUCAUCAUCUUGGAUCGGCCAGACUACGACGCGAAAAUGUGGCAAGGAACUCUCCUCACGUGGGCUGUCAUCCUUGUGUGUAUCUUUGUAAACACAGUCAUUCCUGCUUGCCUCCCACGACUCGAGAUCUUCAUUCUGGUAUUCCACAUUGCAGGAUUCGUCGCUAUCCUGGUGACCUUGCUGGUGAUGACACCUGAGCUCGGGUCAGCGGAAUCUGUUUGGCUCACCUCUCUGAACGAAGGUGGAUGGCCUACUCAAGGUCUUUCGUACUGCGUCGGCUUUCUCGGUAAUGUCGCUACCUUUGUAGGAGCAGAUGCUAGCGUCCAUCUCGCAGAGGAAGUCUCCAAUGCAGCAGUCAACAUUCCAAGGGCAAUUCUUGGAGCAAUGACCAUUAAUGGAGUAGUCGGGUUCGCGAUGAUGGUGACGGUGCUUUACUGCUUGGGCGAUGUCGACAGCGUCCUAAACACCAAUACUGGCUACCCUUUCAUCCAAAUCUUCUGCAACAGUGUGCGCAACGUCGCUGGUGCCACGGUGAUGGUCGCCAUCGUCCUUGCGCUGACAUGGGCUUGCUCUAUUGGAAUCACAACCACGGCGUCCCGAAUGUGCUGGAGUUUCGCUCGUGACCGAGGGCUUCCAUUCUCCAAAUACCUCAGCCGAGUGACUUCGAAAAGCAAAGUUCCCGUCUAUGCGAUUCUUGCGGUGACUGGAAUCGCGGCCCUCCUCACGCUCAUCUACGUCGGGUCUUCGGCUGCAUUCAACGACGUUGUAUCGCUGACAAUCACGGGCUUCUAUGGCUCCUACCUCUUCCCAGCCUCCUUCCUCCUCUACCACCGCAUCAAAGGCAACAUCCUACCCAAAGGCAGCGACCAAGAAACCGCUCCAGAGUCCGCUCCAGAGUCCGUCCCAGCCGCAUCAAAGGUCUCCGCGGCCAUCGAUGCACCUUCUAAGCCCUCACCAGAAGACGUCCGUUCCAACAACUCUUCUUCCACAAAUCUAAUCGCCGUUGCCCAAGCCCAACUCGUCUGGGGCCCGUGGCACGUCCCUGGCAUUCUCGGAAUCGCAAAUAACAUCUACGCUUGCUUAUACAUGGUCUUUGUGAUUUUCUGGAGUGUCUGGCCACCAGAUGCGCACCCGACGGCUGAGACGAUGAAUUACAGCGUUGUGGUGACUUUUGGCGUGAUGAUACUGAGUGGUGUAUGGUACUUCUUGGGUGGCAGGAAGCAAUACAAAGGACCGUUGGUCGAUGAGGACGUUGCAAGGGUUAUGAGAGUCGGAAGCGUAGUUGGGGUUGAAUGA